UGUACAAAAAGUUCAUAUGGUUUCUUGAGAAUUAUAAAUAAACAAAAAUGAAUUCUCUUUUUGGAACAAAGUAAGUUGCUGGUGAUACUGCAUAACGAGGACUAACGUACAACGGCUUGUAAACAAAUUUGAAAGGCAAAUUGCCGAGUUUACCAUUUCGUUGCCCCAAUUGCAAACAAUUUAUUAAAUAUAUAAAAGUUAAUACAAAAAUGAAUCCUCUCUUGGAACAAAGUGAACACUUGCUUGCUCUUAAAGUUAUGCGCCUCACUCGUCCUACUUUGGUGGGCCCACAAGUUAUCACCUGCGAGCCAAAAGAUUUGCCACAUUUCAGCUUAAGACAAAGUCUGGAAAAUGAGGGAACGACAGUAGCAGGUGCGGAAACUUUGGCCGUUGGUCAAUUUAUGUUAUUACCUCAAUCGUUCGGUAAUAUUUAUUUGGGUGAAACAUUCUCCAGUUAUAUCUGCGUACACAACUGCACUUCACAUACGGUCGAGGGUGUUUCUGUUAAAGCUGACUUGCAAUCGAAUAGUACACGUAUUAGUUUACCUAUACAUGAAAAUAAGUCGAAACCAGCGACUUUAGCGCCCGAUGAGACCUUAGACGACGUUAUACGUUAUGAAGUCAAAGAAAUAGGGACACAUGUUCUGGUUUGCGAAGUUAAUUAUGUCACCUUGGCCGGUAUAGCGCAAUAUUUUCGGAAAUUUUUUAAAUUUCAAGUUCUUAAGCCUUUGGACGUUACUACUAAGUUCUAUAAUGCCGAAAUGGACGAAAUCUAUCUAGAAGCGCAGAUACAAAAUAUCACCACUGGGCCAUUUUGUUUAGAAAAAGUAGAAUUAGAUAGUUCGGAACAAUAUACCGUAACAGCUUUGAAUACUUUGCCCAACGGGGAAUCAGUGUUUACUUCGAAGAACAUGUUACAACCUAAAAAUAGUUGCCAGUUUCUCUAUUGCAUCAAGCCUAAGCCUGAGAUAGCCAAGGAUAUUAAUUUGCUUAGAAUGGCUAAUAAUGUAGGUAAACUGGAUAUAGUGUGGCGUUCGAAUUUAGGCGAAAAAGGACGCUUGCAAACAAGUCCUCUCCAAAGAUUGCCUUUUGAAUAUAAGGAUGUGCGCUUAGAAAUUGUAGAAGCGUUGAAUAUCGUUAAAAUUGGAGAGUCUUUUACAUUCCUGUGCAGAAUCACAAAUACCACUGAUCGCCCUAUGGAUUUAAUAGUAAAGUUACCAACAAUUUUGGAUUUCAAUUGUCCGUAUACCGGGUCAGCGGAAUUCUGCUUAGGUCCUCUGGACCCAACCCAACAGAGAGAAUUUCCUUUGACAAUAUUUCCUACCAAAUUGGGUUUGAUUAAAGUUUCGCCUUUGAUAUUGAUUAAUACCCUUAAACAGGAGCAGUAUACCAUUGCCAAGGUGGUAGACGUGUUUGUAGUCGAUGAUGAUUAUUAUGAAGAUGAAACCUUUCAAAUGAAUAAAUUUGUUAGAUACAGUGCCUCCAAACCACAACAUGAAGAUCAAUCCCUACAAUUGCAAGUGGUUUAGAGGGAUUUCAAUAAUUCUCAAAUAAUAAAAAAACUUCCAAAAUCUAAAAUUUAUGACAAUUCAAUCUUGUCGUAGAAUAUAGUGUGUGUGGUCUGCAUCUCUCUCUCUGACCGUUUUUCCAUAUUGUAUCAAUAACAUGCGAAAAUACUGUUAACUGUCACAAGCAUACCGUUACAUUGUCGUUCGUUUCAAUGAAGCCAUGUAUCUUGAAUGUGUAUGUAUGCUAGUUGCAAAUGGAAAAAAAAAGUGCUUCUCAUAAGCGGCAAUCCAAGUGUAAGCAAAAGCAUUAUUAAUAAUUUAUUUUUACGCACAUGCAUGCUUAAAGUCUUGUCCAGAAACAUAGACAGAUACAAACUCUCUAAGCCAUGCAAAUGUGUUUUAUUCAAAUUUUUAUUUGUACAAUUAAAAUUUAUGGUUCAUGCUAAACCGAAACGCAUGCAUGCAUGGAUUUGUU